AGUGGAUGUUCUUCUUCGAUGUCGACGAGUUCAUCUACGUCCCGCCUAAAAGCACCAUCAAAACUACUCUGGAUUCGCUUUCCGAGUACAACCAGUUCACCAUUGAACAGAUGCCCAUGAACAGCAAGCUCUGCCUCACCGCCGACUAUGGCAGAUACUACAGGAAAUGGGGGAUGGAGAAGCUGGUGUACAAGGACGUGAAGAAAGGGAUAAGGAGGGACCGGAAGUACGCGAUCCAGCCCAGGAAUGUGUACGCGACUGGGGUGCACAUGUCGCAGAACCUGGUGGGGAAGACGAACCACAAGACGGAAGGGAAGAUCAAGUACUACCAUUACCACGGCUCGAUCGCGCAGAGGAGGGAGCCGUGCAAGACGCUGCUGAACGUGAGCGAAACUUACUUCGACAAGACGCCAUACGAGCUGGACACGACGAUGAGGGACAUUGCCUGGGCGGUCAAGAAGUUCGAGCUCAAAAUGAUUGGCACCAGGCUGCAGAACACGCGGCAGUGAUCCCGCCAUCUCCGCCGGUCGGUCCAGACAUUAAAAAAAAAAUUAACCGGGCGGCGAAAAGAGAAAGAAAAAAUUGUUUUCAUUUUUGUCAUUAUGAUUUCUCUUCUUUUUUUUUUUUUUUUUUUUAUAAAUUAGGUUCCCUUCCUCUUCUCUUCUUUCUCUCGAUUUAAUUUCCUUUUUGUUUAUAAAUAUGCCUACUCCCCUUCCUUGGGUUCUUCUUUUCUUUAUUUUUGUGGUAUAUUAUUUUAUAGAACUUACAGGAGGAUUCAUAUAUAAAUUAGGGGGAGUUUCUUCUCUUCUUCUUGUUCUUCUGCCUCCUUUUUCUUUUUCUUGGUUUGUAUAAAGGAAUUGAUGAAUAAUUUAACUCAAUUAGUGGAAUGGAG